AGGUGUAAAAAAUUGUAAACAAAUACACCAAACUGCCUUAGCUCUAUAGACCUUUUAUCCUUUUCAUUUGACAUUCAAAUAGAUGCACUGAACAAAGAAUGAAAAAAAACUUACAAGUCUGAAAAGAUCAAAGUCAUAAUCGACCAAUCAAUAUAUAAUUACACAUUGUGAAAUAAUUACCCAUUUAGCCCCAAUGAUAUUUCUCAGAAACAGUUGACACAAAGGUUCUUUAGUUCAGUUCAUUUAAUUUGAAAAUUCCACAAGAUACAAUUUAAUAGCAAGUAAACAACAACAAAUAUUAAUAACAUACAAUAUAAAUAUGUCAUGAUUUGAGAAAAGAAAAAAAAGAAUUGUAUGCAGGGGAAUUUCUCCAGGGGGAGCUCUCUCAGUAGCUAGGCUAAUCAAGGAGAGAGCACCCCCUUUAUUGAAAAUGACUAGUGAAAUUGGGAAGUAGUUUCUGGGCAUUAAAUCGACUUUAUAAUUUAAUUCAAUUCAGUUUCAAGGUAUUACCACAUCCCAGUCAAGCAAGCAACCAGCCACUGCCCCACAUGACCAACCCACAGAAGCAAGCCGAAACCCCUGAACACUGUCCCACCCACCAAGGGCAAGGCAUGCCCCUUGACACAAUCCCCACAAUCAAAAGACUCAACUCCCAACUGCAAAGACCAUGCAGAGCAACCCCCCACCCCUGAUAGGACAAAACAUCACCCAGGAAACCAACCAGCCCCCCAAGUAGGCCGAUCCCCAAAAAAGGCAGUCCAUCAUCCAUUCAGCCGGAAAGCAGAGCCAUCUAAAAAGACUAUAGGUUAAGCCAACUAUGUAAGGUAAUUGUUUUCAAAAAAGAAAGCUUGAGUUUUCGAUGAAAGCUAAAGGCAGAUGGUGAACAGGAAUGCUAUUGCAGCACUUUGCUCCGAAGUAUCGCACAGACCUGAGACCAUAUUGAAGAGUAUUCUUCUCAGUAACAAAAAUAUCAUUCUUGCUAGCUUGCCGUGUACCAUAUUGAUAAACAGUUUUAACUAGUUUGAAGAAAGAGUGAAAGUAAGGAGGAGAUAUCGUAUUUACACAAUCAUAUACAAAACUCUGAAUUUUAAUUGAGAGAGGUCAUGCAGCUUUAGUAUCUUUAAGUCAGCAAACAUUGGUGUAGAAUGAAAAUUGAAAUGUUAAAAUGUGAUUGCCCUUAUUAUCCUUUUCUGCAAAAGAAAUACUGGAUUGAUGUAGGUUUCAUAGGUAAGACCCCAAACUAAAAUUCCAUAUUGGAGAAAAGGUGAAACAGAGAGUUGUAAAGACAGAUCAAAACACUUAAAGGUAAAAAGCGUCUUACUUUGAAAAAAAACCACAAGUUCUAGCUAAUUUCUCAGACAAUUCUGACAAGUGAUAUUUCCAUGACAGAUUUUCAUCUAAAAGAACACCAAGAAAUUGGACAUAACAUGUCUGUUUGAUGGUAAAGUUUCCAAUUUUGAUACUGACAGUUUCAGGACAAAAAUGCUGAGGAGACUUAAAAAUUAUAAAAUUGGUUUUAUCAAUAUUCAAUGACAAUUUGUUAACAUCAAGCCACAUCUUCACUUUUUUCAUUUCCUUAUUAACUACACGUUGAAGCUGAUUAAGACUUUCAGCUUCAUAAUAUAUGUUGGUAUCAUCAGCAAAUAAGUAGAAGGUUAAUUUUGAGGAUGAAAGAGGCGAGUCAUUAAUGUAAAUUAAGAAAAGAAAGGGUCCAAGGAUGGAACCUUGUGGAACUCUGCAUGAAACACUGACCUGAUUGGAAAUAGAACCAUUGGAAUUAGAGGUUCUGAAGUUGUCUUAGAUGAUUUGGUGACAAAGAUCUGCUUACAAAGAAAUUUGAUUGGUAAAAAUAGUCAGAUUCAUCUUAUAUAUUAGUUUUAGUAUUUUGAGAAAUAGAUAUCAAGUGAUGUCUGGCUUGGAGACUAUCGUGUGGAGACACAACAAACCUAUGCAGACUUUUUGAAAUACAAGUGUCAUCAAUUAGCUAGAGUGGUGAGCAAGAUUGCCAUCCUGAAAAUUUAGAAAGGGGGCUGUGCUGUAUAGCAACACUCAUGACCACACCCAUGACCACACCCUAUAGUCUUGCAUUUGUGUUAAAGAUCCUCUGUUGUGCAUAUGAAAUCUUUCAAGCUGUUCACCAACUCUGAAAGGCUAAUAGAAAUUGCUCGUCCAUAGAACAACAAUUGCAUAAUAAAUGGUUUAAGAUUGCAAAGUAAGAAAUUUUCCCAUCCAAACAUUUACUGACUUGUUAAGGUGGCUAAGGUGACAGUUUGUUUUCCCUACUACUGAUGGGGUAUGCAGUUUUUUAGUCACUACAGUUGACACAGUCAAUUUUUUUGUACUGAAGAAAAAUAAAUUUCUUUAAAAUAAUAACUUAUGUAAGAUUCAUUCUUUUGAAUAAGUGUGUUCUAAAGAUUUUCAUGAAAAAGCAAGAAAAUUUAAAGUGUAGUUGAAGGUCAAAAUUCUAUCAGCCAACAGAACCAUAACUUUUGAAAUAUUUUUGUUUUGAGUUUAUACUCAUUUUUUAUUUUGCUAAUUCUUGAAAACAUAAUUGUUUUCAGAAACAUUGAAUUCUGAUAAUUGUUUAGAAAAUGUAUUUUAAAGACAGAUAUUUGUGUCAUUUGCUUAAGAAUUGAGACUGAAACAAACAGCAGAAGCAACAAAAUGCACCCACUUGAUAGGAUGGAUGAAUUUAUAUAACUGUUUAAGAAUAUCAUAUAAAAGCUAGAAUAGAAAUAUAUGAGGAUUUUUCAGGUAAAUAAAGGAAAGCAAUUCAGUUGAAAAACUAUUGAUGAAGAAGAGUAUAACAGUACCAGUACGAUCACUUUGUAAAUGGCCUUCACUAGAUAUCGUGGAAGGAGGUGCUGGUCCCAUAAUUGACAAGAAGUCAAUGGCUGCGAAGGGCAACAUAAAAUCAAACGAAAUUUAUGAAAAGAAUGUGCCAGUAUGCUGGAGAAGGCCAACUCCUAUCGAUCACAGAACGGAUUUUUAUAUCGAGGAGUGGAUCAGAGCAAAGUAUGAAAGAAAAGAGUUUAUGGAAGGAAAUGAUUCCAAGCAAGCCUAUUGUAGAGGAAUGAAGGAUGGCCUGCUAAGAAAGAGGGACCGAAAUGGAAACUCUUGGAAUCUAAGAUACUUUAGGCUAUCAUCUGAUACGGGAUCACUUUCUUAUUACGAAAAAAAAGAGGAUUUAGCCCCCAUAAAAAGACUGAACAUCAAAGACGUCAAUGUUAUACUGUGCAGUGAAAGCAAAACUGAGAAAUUUUAUAGCAUGGAGAUUGUGUCACCGGAGGUUAAAGAGAAGAAGGGAAAACCUAAAAAAUCUUGCAGCCGCAGUAUUUAUGUGCACGCAGAAACUGCCAAGGAAAUUAUAGACUGGUAUCUUUGCAUCAGAUCUGCGAAAUUGAUGUUACUUAAAGAUGAAGGCUACGAUAUGGAUCCGAAUGAUCUUAAUACUGAAAUGAUACUUUCCACCUGUAGAAUCAAGGAAGGGCACUUGAAGAAAAGUGGUCCAAAAGAGAACGAUCGAUAUAAACAAAGAUGGCUGACUGUGGAACCAAACAAGUUUUCAUAUUUUGAACACAAAUUGGAUGCAACCCCAAUUCAAGAAGUAUCCCUAAAACCUUCCCCGGAGAUAUAUAGUGUGUCUGAAGGGGUAGAUGGCAAGCACCCAGAUGAACCAUAUCCAUUUAUGGUAAGAACCCCAGAAAGAGUCUUCAAUUUCGGAGCAGAAUCGAGUGAGGAUUUUACGGAAUGGAUGUCAGCAUUCAAAAAGGCAUUGGAAUUUGAACCAGUUGAAAUAAACCGGAAUACGAGGAUGUCCAUAGUUUCUACAGCGUCUCAGUUUUCCCAGCUCUCUGUUUCAUCAGGUGACUCUACAGCCAGUUCUUAGAUACAUUUUCGUCCGUCCCUGGAAGUUUUCAGUCAUUUUUAGAUUAGUUUAGUAUAUUAGUGCACAAUCUGACUAUACUCUUGUUUUUUUCAGUCUCAGAUUUGAGACGUAAAAUGUUAUUAAGCUGACAUAUAUGUCAUAUGGAAAACAAGACUUUCAUUUUUCAUAAGUCACGGUAAUCUAUAAUAUUGCUGGACUUUAUAUUUUUCAUCAUAUAAUAUUACAUAUUUUUAUACAGACGGUGUUUUCGUUGUUUCGUAGUUUUCGUUGUUUUAUGCAACUUUGUUAGGAUGUACCUUCAAAAAUCCCUUAUUGAACUUCACUGUCAGAUGAAAAUAAGAUUUCUCGUUGAAAUAGGAAGAUAACUUGCAAAAUGUUUAAUCGUGUACUGCAAAAGAGUUUCAUGACUGUUGAUAGUCAAAAUCUCCAUCUGAUUUAAUAUCAACAAAGUUUUAAGUAUAUCAUUUAUAAGAUUUGUUCGAGCAAAGUUUAUUGAAGUAUGAAAAUGAGUAUAUUCUUCAAGGAUUUUAAUUUAAACCCAGAUUUUGUUUGAUUUUAUGACGAUUUGGGCAGACAGCAGACAGCAUAAACCCUUUCCCUUUUAAGUUUAACCUACUUUUAGUAGGAUUCAUUGUCACUAGUUAAGCGUGCAGUUUUUCCUGGUAAAUCGGUAUUUUUAGGAAUGUAUUUUGAUCUCGAAGAACAAAGUAACUAUUUUGGUCUACAUAUUGUGGUAUAUAAUAUAUUGUUUCCGUUUUUCUUAAGCCCGAGAAGACAAUUUUUGUAAAAACCAUGUUCUUAACAUGCCUUAACUUGCUUUUUAUGCGCUGUAUCUAUCAUUUCUGGAUUAUUUUAUAUUUCUGGAUCGUUAAUAUAUUACUUUAAUGUCAAGCGUGGAUACAAGAGCGAGCCUCCCCCCUCUCCCAAAUUUUGUGCAUGUUUAAUUCUGUUGUAGAUGGCUGCUUUUGUAGGGGGUAACGCUAGAGUCCAGAACCCAGUAAAAAAUGAAUCUACCAAAUUUUUUGAGUUUUUCUGGCUCGCUAUUUAGUGCAUCUGCAUUGCAGUAUCUAUUAACUGUCUACUUUUCGAAAAAAGUUUUAUAAUUGUUGUUAGCUGGUCACCGAUUUUCUCGUUUUUUAAGGUCUAGAUCAAUACUAAUUUUGGUUUUAGGAGAAUUAAUAUGCCUACUGAGUUUUAGCCUGUACUCAAGACCCCUAAAUGAGUUGUGACUCCCUUUAAACCACCAUGAAAAAUUAUGUUGAAAAGUAGUCUAUGUGACUGCUAUUUAUUUCCGCAAUUUCGAGUUACAGGGAGUCUGGUUUCUAGUAAAUUUCGCGCCAAAUUCAAUUCUCCCGUCACGCGUACGAUUUUAAACAAAAAUUUAGCGGAAACUGAGGUAGGUCUAUAUAAAGUUUUUAUCAUUUCGUAUUUUUUGUAUCUAAGUUAGUUACAAACAAUUUUAGUAUGUAGUAUUCGUCAUUUUAGAUCUUUAUUACAUGCCCAUGAAUGGGAUUUCAUUCCACUUUUACAAGUAUUCGCUUUGUCGUCAUUUUGAUGUAGGCCUAUCGUAUUGUAAAUUGGCCUUACUCCCUCGUGUUUUACAUUACAACUUCUUUUAGUUAUAAAAAUAGUAUCUAGUGUUUAAUACGUUUGAUAAAACCGAUUUGUAAUUGAUUCCUUUGAUUUUUGAUCGAUGACUUUAGCCAA